AUGGACGCCUACCCAGACGACUACGACCAGAGGGGGGGCAAUGAAUCCCUCCUCGAAUACCCCUUGCUCGCCGAGCGGGGUCACCAUAUCUUCUCCGACUUCCCUCCGCUGAGCGGGGCUGUUGCGGAGGAGCUGCGGCGAGUUCUGCUGGCCGAGGAUGGCUCACAGAUGCCCUGGAAGGCGGGUCAGAGUCAGAGUUCCAAUGGAAAUCAAUCUGCCCCACGCAUUGGAUAUAAAAUCAAGAGCACUGGCCGGUCCUAUAAACUUCCACCGCGCAAAGCCGACCCCCCGCAAACUUCCUCCCCCGCUAGCCCCACGGUCAACUCAGAGACCAAUGCCCACGGAUCAGAAACACCUUAUGUUCUUCACUCACCCAUCUCACCGCUGUCCCCCGGAUCGCCCACCUUUCCCGACGGCCUGCUCACCCCGUUGUGGGUGACGAAGCACCAGGACCUUGUCCCUGCAGCGGUGCUUAACUUCUUCCCUUUCUCGUUGGACCCGAAUAUGAACUCGCUGCGCGAUAACCAACUGAAGAUCGAAAUUAAUAGCUUGAAGAAGGAAUGGGCAGCUUCGGAAUACAAGACGCGAUUUGUGGCUGUUUUGAUAUCCGAAGAGGGUGACGGAGGCUAUGACGGCGAAAUUGAUGACCGAGUGGCCGGGAUUCGGCGAGCAACAAAUCUGGACCAAAAAUCCAUUUUUGUUAUCCCACCGGAUGCCACGACGUCGGAAUUGAAGGACUUUGUGAGCUCCUUAUUCUCUCUGCUACAACCAACCUUGGUGGAGUACUACCGGGACUUGUCAAAGCAUGCUCGGCGGAAGCGUAAUAGGAGUACGAUUCCACCCCCGACUGCACCUCCAACUACUGGCACUUCUCAGACGCUCUCGCUACAAGGAUGGAAUGUUCGUUAUGAAUUCAAGCUUGGUAUAUUUGCCGAAUUUCGCCAAGAGAUGGACGCAGCCUGUCGAAAUUACGAAAGUGCAUAUGAAACAUUAUUUGGCCAAGAGGUGUUUGAAAACAUCGCGGGUUGGGAUGCCCGCUUUAACGACGCGCGCCUGUUGGGGGAUGCUCUUGCUAUCCGCAUCAUCCGCUGUCUACUCUGGACGGGUCAGACUACUGCUGCAACUCGCCUUUGGGCCGACCACAGGAUACAGACCAAAGGCAUCGUCAACCGAAGGGGCAAGGGUAGCAAGAACUAUGGAUGGGAGGCCUGGGAAGCACGAUGGUCAAUGGUGAUGGCCCAGCUUAUCUGCCGAGCGGGUUCAUCUCUCCACAUCCCAGAAACUGCCAUCGACCCGGCGCAGGCGCCGUUGAUAUUCAGUGUACCCGAAAAGUCCAUUCCAAAUCCUGAACGGGUCAACCCAUGGGAACAACUACACCACGAGGGCUAUUGGCUGUACCGCUCAGCAAAGCAUACCAUGAUUCGGCGAACACUUGCGGGUCAGAUUCCUGACGACGAUCGACUGCCCCCCCGUCAAUCCCCCGCCUCUCAAAUUGGGAACAAAUCUUACAUGUACGAUACAUACCUCGCACCGGCUCCGAACCAAGAAUACCCUCAACCUGGAGAGAUUGGAUUCGACCACUCAAGUUUAAUACUAAGCACGCUGAAAGCGGCGCUUGAGGAGUUCUCCAAACGGCACCAAACUCGCAAAGUAGAGAGUUUGAGCCUCGAGAUUGCACAGGAAUACAUUCGAAUCGGCUCAUGGGCCGAGGCCUACAAGGCUCUACAACCGCACUGGGCGACACUCACUUGGCGUCGAUCUGGCUGGUGGCAGUUGAUGGAAGCCUUUGGUUGGGCUCUGAGAGAAAGCGCUUUGAAAAUUCAAGACCAAGAGACUGUCUUGAAGGUGGACUGGGAACUUCUUAACAAGGCCUUCCCAUCGAGACCUGCAUGGCAUUACAAUAUCCAUAAGAGCCUUGAGAGCUUUCCUUUGGAGAAACCCAAGCCCUCCGUCGUUCUUCGGGCCGAGGAUGUCAUGACUAGCCUUACUGCGUCUGUUGUCUUCGAGAAAUCAGAAGGCAAUGUUGGCGAGCCCUUACAGGCCCAGUUAAUUAUUUCAUCCUGCGCCCAGGCAAAAUCAGCACCAAUCAAGCUUUCCGAGGUCAAACUUGUUUUCGAAGGAUGUCUCCGACCGGUGAAGAUACAGUCCGACAACAAUGAAGACUCUGACACAACAACCCAGUGCUGUAUCUCAUCGUUAUCCCUCCGAGAGCCCAGCAAUCCGAGCAGCUCGUCUAUUCAAUCUCCAACGGGCGGCCUGGCUACUCUCAUUGGAAUAGCAGAUCUGACUAUUGGGCCAUCACAGAUCAAGGUCUUCAAUCUGACUUGCAUCCCACGCGAGGCUGGAGAUGCCCAAGUGGCUUCCAUAGCGAUGCACAUUGAGGAGGAGAAAUUUGAUCUCGCAUAUGUGAUCACGGAUAAUACUGAGCAUCAGUCCUUUUGGUGGCAAGAAACUAAGAAGGGAGCAUCUCGCAGAAGGAUAGGCAAAGACCGAGACACAGGACGAUGUAAAAUCAUGCCCAAGCCACCCAAGAUUCGUAUCUCGACCCCGAACCUCCGAACCACAUAUUAUACCAACGAGCGGGUGAUACUGAAUAUCGGCAUUCACAACGAGGAAGAUGAGGGCGCCGAGGUAUCGACCGAGAUCAGACUCUUCGGUGCCCCCGAAUCUACAGCGAAGCUUGAAUGGUCUGAUACGGACAGCAACUCGGAACCAAUAGAGUCAGGCGCAAGCACCCCUACCGAAGGUGUUUCUCACUUUAUCAAUCGAACCGUUGGUUUACUGGAUCGUGGAACGGACAAAGAGCUUUCCAUUGUGCUGGCAGAUACCCAGGACGCCGCAAAGUUUUCUCUAGAGGUUUCCACCAUCUACCACCUUGUUUCUGAUGUGCAAACACCCAUAAUCAAGACAAUCACAGUGGAACUCUCGUUCGUCCGACCUUUCGAAGCUAAUUACGACUUCCUCCCUCACAUCCACACUCUUCCCUGGCCGGACUUCUUCUCCGUCAGUGACGAAUUGGUUGGCGAGACAGGCUCGAAGCCAGGUGGCUUGAUACAGAAAUGGUGCCUCAACUCUAAAGUGGUAUCUUUCGCCCUGGAACCUCUCGUGAUUGAAAAUAUGGCCCUGAAACUCCUGGACCUAAGCAUUGGUGCCGUUUGCGACAUCGAACCGGAAGUUCUCGUCAGUGCAGAGGCGCCCCAUCUUUCACCCGAAGAGCUGCGCGAGUCCAAUUUCUUCCUUGAUAUCCAGAAACAACUUCUCGGUGACCGCCGACCCACAGCUCUCAGCUUUGCUUUGGAGAUCACCUGGCGCCGGGCCUCUCCCGAAGGCGUAAAGGAGUCCGCCCACACCACCACCACCACCACCACAACAACCAGUGUCCUUGAGAUACCUCGGUUCGUUGUUCCAAUGGGCGAACCGAGAAUCCUGGCCUCGUCGUCGCCUUCGACUAAGCUGCCCGGCAUGAUUCAUCUGGAAUAUACGCUCGAGAACCCAUCCACCCAUUUCUUGACCUUCAACUUGAUGAUGGAAGCGAGUGAAUACUUCGCCUUUAGUGGACCGAAGACAACUGUCAUCCAACUGGUCCCGCUAAGCAGACAUACCGUGCGGUAUAAUAUACUGGCAGCGAAACGUGGACUUUGGAUUCAACCACAAUUGGUGGUUGUUGAUACAUAUUUCAAUAAGACGCUGCGGGUGCUGCCCACUGGUGAGAUGCGGGCUGAUAAGAAGGGGGUUUUGGUUUGGGUCGAUGCAGAUGACUAG